UUUAGAAAAAUGGCCGGUUCAGUGUGUAAAAUAUCAACAAAACUAUUGGGCCAUGUCAAACGAGCACCAGGGCUUACUCAUCAUCUUCAAAUAAUGAGGCUGUCAGCUCAGGCUGAACCAAGCAUCAAAAAACAUGAAGAAUUACAACAGCCAAUGAUUGAUCCAUUGAAACAUCCAGAUUUUUUUGGUGUUCACGAGUUUUUUACAGUUAAAGAUUUAUUUGAUGCUCGUGUACAUUUUGGUCAUAAAAUUGGUUCACUUGAUGAUCGUAUGAAACCAUUUAUUUUUGGUUCACGUCUUGGUCAUUUAAUAUUUGAUUUGGAUAAAACAGCUGAAUAUCUACGUGAUGCACUUAAUUUUACAGCUCAUAUUGCAUUUAGAGGUGGAAUAAUAUUAUUUCUUUGUCAUCAUCCACAAGUAACUCAUUUAGUUGAAAAAACAGCAGUUGAAUGUGGUGAAUAUGCACAUACAAGAUUUUGGAAAGAUGGUACAUUUACAAAUUCAACACGUAAAUUUAGAGCUGUUACAAGAUUACCAGAAUUAUGUAUUUUUUUAAAUACAUCAAAUGAUGUUUUAAAAGAAAGUUUUGCUGUACGUGAUGCUGCUAAAAUGUGUAUUCCAUCUGUUGGAAUUGUUGAUACAAAUUCAAAUCCAAAUUUAAUAACUUAUCCAGUACCUGGUAAUGAUGAUAGUCCAGCUUCAAUUCAACUUUAUUGUAAACUAUUUAAAGAAGCUAUAUUACGUGGUAAAAGUGCAAGAAGUAAAUUAGAACAUCAUGCUGAAUAAAUAUAUUAAUUAGGUAAUAAAAAAAAAAUUAAAUCAUUGACAAUUCAAUUUGUUAAGUUUUUUUCUUUUUAUUUUUUCAAUAUUCAUUUCCUUGUUGAGUAUUUUUUUGUGUAUUUAUAAAUGUAAAAAUAUAAAUAUAAUCU